GCCCUUCUCUAACACUUGGUGUUGGUUCUUCGUGGUUAAAAACGUUUCGGGAUCUAAAUAAUUGUUUUUAAUGCAAAAUUUAAUACAGUAUAGGCAUAUUAGCUGUACGUCUUAUACGUAAAUGCUAAGCUAUGUGCUAUCUGCAAUGAUAUGUGAUUUAAGUUCAAAAUAUGCAUGCGCAAUUGUGUUUGGUUUACAAAAAGUCCCUUGUAUGUAUGUAUGUACGUGUUGUGUAGUGCUGUUUGCGGCGCUGCGUACACAACACGUCGGGACGACAACUAUGUAUUGUAUGUUGACUGCAAUCUCAAGUGUAAGCGAGAUGACUAUUGCUACUAGAGAAGUUUUAUACAGUCUCACAGAUACAAUGUGAGCUAGCGCGCGAGCGCUCUCGCAGCCGACUACGCCGACUAUGACCAUAGACGACGCAAGCAUAGAUAAAAAAAAAAACGAGCGGCCAUACAUAUGUGGAAUGAGUACAUGAUAAAGAAUGAAGUAGUGCAUAUUCCAUUUAUAAAUACAUAUGUAUAUAAACUACAAAAAUAAAUAAAGGAAUCUGAACCUGAUCCCUAAGCCACAACGUUAUGGAUCUGGAAAAUACCAAUACAAGCGCUAAAUUAAAAGCGUCAGCGACUGAAAGCGGCAUUAAUGGAUCUGGAUCACAAAAUCAGCAGCUGUCAUUACAUGACGAUACAGCAGCAGCUGGGGCUAGAGCAACAGCGUUCCAAUACCAAGAUGAUACAAAUGAGACGGCACUUGGUGUAGCGACAGUUAUGCCAACACUUGCGACAACAGUCCUUGACCUUCCUCCACCUUCUGCUAAUCUCUUAGAACAAGGAAACGUGACUUUCUCUGACUCAACAAAGCUUCCAACAGAUGGAGAAUCCAAGGUUAAACCUUCAACACAAGAAUCGACUGCGUCGAUUGAAACAGAAAUAUAUACAUCAGAAUGCACUUCUGCGUCAGCUUCAGCCUGCCCAGUAUCUGUUUCAAUGGGGCCCAGUGCAAGUGAUUUCGACUCCGAUACGGAACUCUCGAUAGUAGCUGCCGCAGCUGUGGCAGCCGUAGCUUCAACGGGGAUGGAUUUAAGAUCACCAUCUUCAUCAACAACAGGAUCUAUACUGGCUUCUGGUGGUGCUGUCCCUUUAGCAAGUACUGAAAUCGGAUCAGGAUUAGGAGCGGGUACUGUCAACACAAAUGGAUACAAUGCCAAUAAUAGCACAUCCAGUAGUGCUCACCUAAGUCUUAAUGCAAAGCAACAACGUCAGCAAAAGCGACGACGUGAGCGUGCUCAGCGUCUGCAAGCGGAGCGAGAUAGUCGGUGUAGUUCAAGUACCUUAAAUGGCACAUAUAUUGCUGGUUCUAUGGGAAUCAGUGGAUGUAGUGCUGUUAGUCUCAAUGUAACUGUUGCAGGAGCUGCAGGUCAAGGAAUCGGAGUCAUUACUACUGGUGCAUCAUCAUCUGCUCUAAUAGGUAGUGGACCGGGGGCAGGACCAGGCAAUGGCAUGAUAUAUCACAUAAAUAGCGCGGGCAGCAUGGGCGAGGACAGCAAUAAUUCCAACGGAAAUUUCACCAGCAGUAGUAAUGGCAGUAACAACCUUCUGCCCCCUACAGAUAGUAUUGCAUCAUUAUUGUUAAAUCCGCCACAUUCCCCCGAGUGCAAUUCCGGAUUAAUGGCCACGCCUAGUGACAGCGAAGGCGAAUCCCUUGAUGAGGAUCUUCUUUCAACGUCAUCAUCAUCAACGCUGUUGCUUCCACGUGACAAGCCACCACCCCGUCCUCCGCCUCCUGUUCGUAGAAAAUUACCUCGCUCUCCAGUACUCGAAGAGGAAAUCAUCGAUGGUUUUGCCAUAUUGGAGUUUAAAACAUAUGAAGAUCUCGAGUUUGCUAUUAAAUUGGGUCAAAAACGCAAGGAGAAACGCCUAUCCGCACUCGAAGAGCUAACGUCCACCUACUGCAUUGAGGAAAUGAAAAUUCCAAAGAUAAUCGAUACUGGUCAACCGCAUCCUCUGCGUGCUACUAGUUUGUCCACGCUGACUGUUGUUAGUAACACCAAUCUUAAGGAGAACACUCAGCUUCAUCAUCGCAAUGCUGUCGUUAUUAACAACAAUAUAAACCACAAUUGUACCACAUCUAAUAACAAAAUCAACAGCAGCUGUAGUGCGGUAUACAUGUUGCCCUCAGCAAGCACAGUUUCCGAUACGCAAGCGGAAUGUGUAGCACAUUGGCGAUCUGAAUACGGACAGCAGCAAGACCAAAUGCACUGCGGCAAUAGUGUCAAUAUUAAAAGUAACAUCAGCAAUGAGAAUCAAAUUAGUAAUAGUUGUAGUCAGCAAGUGAAUCACGCCAAGCAAUCAGACAAACAAUUGGAUGACGCUGGUACAGUAGCUAGCCUUACGAACAGUACAACUAAUUUUCUAGAAAACGGUAACGAUGCGCUCAUGUUGGAUAUCAGUUGCUCAACGUUAACCGAUGCAAUUAAUGAAAAUACAAAAGAUUGCAUGAAGAUGAGCAUGAUUAGUGCAAACUGUAAGAUCGAUGGCAAUAAAUCUCACAAUCCACCUGCCAGCAUUAAUAAUACUGAUGAGUUAACUAGUAAUGUUGUAACAUCAGUCGAUGUCCACAAUAACAGCAUGGAAUAUAUUGGAAAAAAAAGCAUAAAAUCAAAUGAUGCUACUGCAGUAGGAACACCCAAUAAUCACAAGAGUGUGUGUAAAAUAUCGCAGCCGACGAAAGCCAUAGAAAAAUCAAACCACUCUAAGGACUUAGAAGUUCCCACAUCCGCUGCCUGUCACACGCUGAAUAUUCAAGAUUUAACUAACGGUUCAGCGCAGGUCGUUGUUCCCACUAAUAAUAAUAAAAAGGACAACGAACAAAAUGAUAUUUUUAUUGAAGCUCCAAGAUGCAGCAGCAAGGGAGAUAAUAACUGUGAUAAUGUCUGCGGAGAGAAUAAGAAUUCUGCAAGCUUGGUGGGUAUAGAUUACCCUUCGGCGGCAAUGCAUGUUUCAAAUUCUUUACCGAAACAAGAUCGGAAGAGUCAUAGUAAGCCUUCGGACCUUUCGCUCUUAAAAAUAAUUGGAUCGGCCGUGCCUUCAACUCCGACAUUAAUGCCUGGGUCCUCAGGGGGGACAGAAAGUGAUGCACGUGAUAUUAACAACGAAAAUACGAUCGCAAGUACACAAGUUGUGGCUGUGAUUACCGGUGCUUCCGUGUCUACAUCUGCAGUCGUUCUUGCCGACAGCGGAAGUAAGGAAUGUAAUGCAAUACACAAAUGUGUUCAAGAAAAACCGCGUUAUCCCAUUAUGUGCGUUGCUCCAUCUAUCUCUCGACCUCAACAUCCCAAUGCUGGAACAUCUGUUAGAAAUGACACUAGUGUGACUGCUUCAUCGAAUAAUGAUCAACCAAUUCUUUUUGCUACAAAGAUUUCUUCAAACGGAUUACCAUCAGCGGGCCAACGGCCACUUGUUCCAUUAUUACCUUGUAGUCAAAAAACUCAUGGUGGUUUAGGACUUGGCUGCCAAUUUAGUGCGCGAAUCUCAACUUCAAGUUCUGGAUUACCGAUUUCGUCGCCGUCUUCAAGUGUAGUGCCAGCGAACAACCUGAAAUCAAACGAUACCGUUACAAGAACUAUAAGCCACAACAAUGUUACAGCUAGUGGCACUGGAUUGUUAUCUUCGUUAUCAGCAGCUUCCGUAGAAACACUAAAAAUUACUAAUGGUUCAACACCUACAUCCAGCAAUUCAGUUGUCAAUGGGUUCGUUGGUGAUUUUCCAACGAUCAAUAGCACAGCAAAAACACUAAUUAGUACACAGCCACGUGUUUCUCCUCAUGUUACUACUAAAUUGAUGUCGGCAGUAUCUACAACAACAUCGAUCAGCAAAAGCACAGUUGGAAAUUCUGGUUCAGUGUUUGGAGCAGGGGCGAGUGCACUUGGGACUACAGGGCCCCCAUUACUUUUUCCCGGAGUCCCACCCCCUCCUAUGUCUCAUGUGGCUGCGGGCAUGCCUAUGCUUAUUCAGGCACCUCCAUACCGUACACCUUAUCCUAAUUACUCUUUGUACACACCAUACAACAACAUAACGCACGGACCGUACCUGCCCCCAACAUUGCAGACUGCAUCGCCCAACAUAUCCUCUCCGCUUCGUAGCUCCGAUACACGUAGCAGUCGAGAGUCGCCAAUAGUCCCGGCAUCUUUAAAAGCGGCAUCGUUAAGUUUCACAGUGCAACAGAGUGUAUCAUCGACACCGGCGAUGCGACCCAUCACCCCACUUAAUAACAUAAGCGUUUCACAACCCGUUUCACAGUCGGUUGCAACGACAGCAAGUUUUCUUUCGGCUAACUCCACUGCGGUUCAUUCGCUAAGCCAUUUGCAUGUAUCUCAUUCCCAUCAUCUUCCAGUAUAUGCCAGUAAUUCUUUUGGCAAUGCAACUGCCGCGCUAAUUACCACAACUUCGGUACCGUCUACUCCCGCUGUAACUUCGCUUGCAACUGCUACCCCACAAGCACUCCCCCCUCCAUCUACACAAAUGCUUCCACAGGCUGGGCAGUUUCCAUCUGUCUCUCAUUUGCUAACUACGCAUCCGCAGUUAGCGGCACCAAUGCAAUCACAACACCAACAGUUUGUGCGUUGCGGAGGUACUCCUUACACAUCCACUGUUCCUGCCUCCAACUUAAGUGCUUCAGUUCUCACCGUCCAAAGUUUACCGACAACGUCGUGCUCAUCAUCUGUAUCUGCGUCAUCAUCGUCAUCUGUGAUCCAAAGAAUAAUUUCACCCAAAGGUGAAAGUCCCUGCAGCAAAGAUCGGGAUCCCGCAUACAGCACUACAAAUCUGCGAUCAAACAUAUCGGCAACAUCAUCAACAGGUGUGUCGCAGGGUGUCAGCAUAAGUGCACCAUUUUGUGCCAUCGCGCCAAGUCCAUACGUUGGUAUAACUAUUUCAUCAUCAAAUUCAUCAAUGACGGGCCAAGGGACGGGUCUAUCGUCCUAUUCUCCAAGGAAUGGGUUGUGGUUAAAUUCUACCCCUUCUACUAUGGUAUCGACACCCAUCUCAUCGACAUCUGUCAUAUUCAGUGGUAGUGCCCGUCCAACUCCACCGCCAUUAAAUAUAGGAGCAGGAAUUGGAAUUGGUAUGGUGGGGACAGUGGCUCCGACGACAAGAACUCCAUCCAAUUCAAUAUCACCACAUGAUAUGUCAUCGGCUGGUGUCAGUGGGCAUGUGACAGCCACAAACUUUCAACCUACUUCGUACUUCCCCGCACAUUUAGCACAACCAACGUCUUCUCCAGCGGCUCCAACCUCUGCUACAGCUAUUAGCUCCGUUCCGCAAAUUUCAUUGGUGUCCCACACUUUUACCACUAUUUCAACAACGGCAGCAGCUUCUGCUACUACGUCAUCGUCCAACAUACAAGGCAUAACUCAACCUACAGGUGCAAACACAAUUACAUCCACACCGCAUCCGUUUUCUGCAGAAUCUCUUUUUCAACCAAGUAAAAAUGACCAAGCAGAUUUGCUACGUCGCGAGCUAGACAGCAGGUUUUUGGAUCGGUCUGGCUUGUCUGUUCCUCCCACACCACCAUCGUCAACAUAUCUACGACAAGAGCUUCAUCAUCAUCAGCACCAGCAUACUCACUUGCACCAACAUCAGCAGUUGUUGCCAGCUGCAUCCGUAUCCACUACAGCAAUGCCCUUGCAUACAGGCCAAACAACUCCAGCGCAAAUUUUUCCGCCGCCAUUAUUUAAAGACAUUCCCAAACUCACGACUGUUGACCCCCAGUUCUAUCGGGCUGGUAUUGGAUUACCUCCUGGCGGCUAUACGAGUUACAGUUCGGCAGGUCUUUUACACACUGGUUUGGGUGGAGCAACGCCGUUCAUGCCCCCGAAUCAUUUGACCGCUUUUGCUCCCAAGAAAACUGGUCGUUGGAAUGCUAUGCAUGUUCGAAUUGCGUGGGAAAUUUAUUACCACCAAAACAAACAAAGUUCUGAUAAGACAGGAUGUCCUACAGGCGGAAAUAAUGCAAUUGGGAAUUUGAGCUCCACUAAUGCGUCAAUCACCGCAAGCAACCUGAUAACUGGAUCCGGUGGAAGUAUCAUUGUUAGCACUGCCAGCACAAUCAAUAAUGUUGGUACUGCCUCGGCUAUUGGAGGAGGUAUCGUGAGUGCAAUUGGGCCAACACCGUCAAUUAGUAUUAAAUCAUCGACAGCUAUUGCAAUGAACACAACACAACAGCAUCUUCCUCAACGGACGAAUGAACUUCCACCACCUGCAGCUUUUGCAAAUGCAUUACCAGGACGUUCUUCAUUUGAAACGUCUCCUUUGGCGGCGAGUUUCAUCGGGGCACCCCCUAGUCAUAUUGGAACGGCAGUUUCACCUUUUGGACGCUAUGUAGCUCCAUUUGGGUUUACGGGUCUGACCCAUUUCGGCGGACAUAUAGACGCAUGGAGAUCAAAUGCUAUACAACGCAGUGUUGCCUAUCAUUCAUCACCCGCUUCUGCGCCUAGCUGGCCGAUAAAAUCCGAUCCAGCUCUGGACAAUGCACGACGUGAAGCAGAGGAACGCGAGCGGGAGUCGCGGGAACGUGAACAGCGAGAGCGUGACCGACAGCGUCGCGAGCGUGAAGAGCGAGAGCGAAAAGAAAAAGAAGACAAACUAAAACGAGAGCAACUAGAAAGGGAGAGAGAACGAGAACGCGAACGUGACCGAAAAGAGCGUGAGCGAAGGGAAAUGGAACGCCGAGAAAUGGAACGGGAGCGAAUGUUGCAGCAGCAGCGAAUUAAUGAGAGCAAUAAGCAAGCUGCUGCAGCACAAGCUGCAGCUGCCGUGCCAGCCCCUGCACGAGAUCGCUCUCCACAUCGAAACGUAGGAGAACUUACCUCGGAGAUACGUAUUAAAGAAGAACAUACGCGCACAAAAGAAGAACAGGAUAUUAUGCUUAUGCGUGCAUCGGCAGCUGUCGCCGUUGUUGGAGAUCCACGCUACCAUCCGAACUCGUUGGCAGCUGUACAGGCAAAUGCUGCUGCUGUGCAUCACCAUCAUGCUAACUUUAUAGUGGCUGGUCGACAUGGAUUACCGUCGCCAUCAUCGCAUCUUUCUCGAACUAUGAUGCCACCCACCUUAAGUGUCGGCGGUCCAAUCAGUCAUUUUGCUACGCCGGGUCCUCCAGGAUGGGGCAUAGAUCCGUACCGCGAUCCUUAUCCUAUCCUGCGCUAUAAUCCCAUAAUGGAAGCAGCAUUGCGGCAUGAAGCAGAGGAACGUCAAAAAGCCAUGAAUAUAUAUGCUGCGCAAUCUGCUGCUCAUUUGCGAGGUAAGGAGCCGAGUCCCAUUCCACCUCCUUCAGUAGGUGCUUUGGGCCCUCCGUCGUCACAUCACCGCUCACAAGCAUCAUCUUUAGCCGCCGUCGUCGCUCAAACCGAUUCACAGCCUCCACUGCACAACCUACAACAGACACCACUGUCGCAACUGUCUACAGGUAUAGUGGCCGGAAAGACCACCGGUCCAUCGACACCAAUAGUCAUUCCUGUCCAACAUAUGAUUUCAGUCGAUUCAUUGAGCCACGCAACAGUUAACACAAAAAAAGAAUCAGAUCACACUAUGGGAAUAGUAGUAAGUGCCGCGGGAGUUGGGCUUAGUACAGUACCAGCCGGUCUCAUGGGAAUAUCUCCAACUUACCAACAUAAAACAUAGUAAAAAGACAAUGUUUUGAUACAGUUUAGGGCACUUUAACCCCCCUUAGAACGUUGACUGUACCCGCUCCUUCCUAAUUUACCCAGAGUUAUUUCAGCCUGAGGAAUAAUUUAGAAAAAAAUCGCAAUGCGUUUGUUAAGCAAUCAACAAGAAGAGUGACACACAAAAUAUAAUAUUUUUCUUUUAUUAUUAUUUGAAAACACAAAACAAGCUGUUUCAAAUGUUUUUCCAAUAGUGAAUUUAAAUAAUAAUAAUAAUAAUUUAAAAUGCAUAACGAAGUAUGGACUUCCAAUUUCUUUAAACCUACACACUGAGCCUCAUAUUUCGAAACAUGGUGUGCCCAACAUAAUUCUGGUCGCUUUGUUAAACAGCACUUAAUCCGAACUUUACUCAUUUACAUAUAACUGAAAACUAGUUUAAACUAGAUAUUUACGUUCGAAAAUUUAGUUUUAGUGCAUUUAUAUUAUUUUUAUAAUGUGACAUUAAGAAUGGCCAAAAGAAAUGUUGAGAAUAUCUUUUAAUCUGAUUGUACAUAUAUAUAAAAACGAUAAAAGAAAUAAUAUACUACACGUAUUACCGCAGAAUGAAACUGAUACAAUCCAAACUAUAAUGUAUAUGAUAUACAUAUGUAAGUAUGUAUGUAUAACUGUGACAGCUUCAAUCUCUUCUUGCAUUAUGUGUUUCAAGACAUUACCACAUAUGCAAUAAAUGUAAAAAUGAAAAAAUCAAUAAUAGAAUCAUUGGUAACAAAUAAUAUAAAGUUUUUCACUUGCCCAUUGUGUUCCUGUUUGUUGUGGGUAUUAUACAUACAUUUUUUGUAACUCCAAAGAUAACACGGAAUUUAAUAAUUUUAAUAACAAAGCGCUUGUGGGAGCACUUGAGACAUUUGUAAAUGGACACGAAAAAAUAUAUAUUGUAUUUUGGUUUGUAAUUUACGGUCUUGACAUAUAUUCAGAUAAUCCAUAAAAAUAUUUCUUAUGGAACUCCGCUUUGGCUCGAUUAUAUACAUAGAACAGCUGAACCCGCCGCGAC